CGCCCCACCUAAACAAAACCGUACCGAACCCUGCACUUUUGCCAUCAACCCCUCGCCGACCACAUAUUUGGAAAAGCUUACCUUCACCUCUACUAUCCCUUUUACGCCGAGCCCCCUACGAGGUUUCCGCAUCUCGCUUCUGAGUCCUUCGCCGGAGUUUCCAUAUGAAUGGUCAAACCACGAUGGGGCUCGCAGCAGCCGCCGCCGCAGCCGUGAGGCCGUGCCGCCACCGACUCCUCUCCUCCGCCUCAGCGGCGGCGGCGGCGAAGGCCUCCGCGACGCCGCUCUUCCCGAGAUGCUCCCACCCGCAGCACCAGCAGCACAGCCGCCGCAUCCCAUUCCUCGUCUCGGCGGCGUCGCAUACCUCGCAGUCCGACCCGAGCACCACCCCCACCCCCGUCACCUCCGAUCCCCGCUCCGCCGUCGCCGGGAACCUCCCCUUCUUCGACCGCGUGCUCUUCCCGGGCUCGUUCCCCCUCGAGACCCCGCCUGUCGAGGAGCCGGCGCCGGCGCCGCCGGCCGAUGAAGCGCAGGCGUCUGCUUCGCCCGUGAGAGAGGAGUCGGAUACGGAGAGGGAGGCGUGGAGGCUACUGAGGAGGGCGGUGGUGAGCUACUGCGGUGACCCGGUGGGCACGGUGGCGGCGGAGGACCCGGAGUGCACGGAGAUGCUCAACUACGACCAGGUCUUCAUCAGAGACUUUGUGCCUUCCGCCCUCGCCUUCCUCAUGCGCGGGGAGACCGACAUCGUCCGCAAUUUCCUCCUCCACACCCUGCAGCUGCAGAGCUGGGAGAAAACUGUUGACUGUUACAGCCCUGGGCAAGGCUUGAUGCCAGCUAGUUUUAAGAUAAAGACCGUUCCACUUGAUGAAAACAACGAAGCAUUCGAGGAGGUUCUGGAUCCUGACUUUGGUGAAUCAGCUAUUGGCCGUGUAGCUCCAGUUGAUUCUGGACUUUGGUGGAUUAUCUUAUUAAGAGCGUACUGCAAGUUUACAGGCGACUAUUCAUUGCAAGAAAGAGUGGAUGUGCAAACCGGGAUUAAACUGAUCUUGAGUUUGUGUUUGACUGAUGGGUUCGACAUGUUUCCCACACUACUGGUCACAGACGGAUCAUGCAUGAUAGACAGGAGGAUGGGAAUACAUGGGCAUCCUCUUGAGAUUCAAGCUUUGUUCUAUUCUGCUUUAAGAUGCUCAAGGGAAAUGAUUGUUAUGAACGAUGGCUCAAAACACCUCCUCCAAGCCAUCAACAACAGGCUCAGUGCGUUGUCUUUUCACAUUAGGGAAUACUACUGGGUCGAUAUGAAGAAGAUAAAUGAGAUCUACAGAUACAAGACAGAAGAAUACUCACAUGAUGCGACCAACAAAUUCAACAUUUAUCCCGAGCAAAUCCCUUCCUGGCUUGUUGAUUGGGUUCCUGAGAAAGGGGGUUAUCUUAUUGGAAAUCUGCAGCCAGCUCACAUGGAUUUUAGGUUCUUCUCUCUUGGCAACCUUUGGGCCAUAUCUUCAUCUCUAACUACUCCAACCCAAGCUGAAGGAAUACUUAGCCUUAUUGAGGAGAAAUGGGACGAUCUUGUGGCAAAUAUGCCACUCAAGAUAUGUUACCCUGCAAUGGAAGAUGAUGAAUGGCGCAUUGUUACUGGCAGUGACCCUAAGAACACCCCGUGGUCAUAUCAUAAUGGUGGAUCUUGGCCAACCCUGUUGUGGCAGUUUACACUGGCCUGCAUCAAAAUGGGAAGACCAGAGUUGGCCCGAAGGGCCAUUGCAGUGGCUGAGGAAAAGCUCUCAGCUGACAAGUGGCCGGAAUACUAUGACACCCGAUCUGGAAGAUUCGUUGGGAAGCAAUCACGGUCAUAUCAGACAUGGACUAUUGCUGGUUUUCUGACCUCGAAGAUAUUGCUGGAAAACCCGGAGCUGGCUUCUAUCCUGACCUGUGAUGAGGACCUUGAGCUCCUUGAAGGCUGUGCUUGCUGCCUCUCAAAGAGGACGAGGUGCUCUCGUCGUGUGACCAAAUCAGAUAUCAUCGGGUAAAACAGCAGAGCCCCUUUUAUUCUUCAUGCUCUGCAGACCAUGUAUACUAUCGACUGAUAAUUAACUGAGGCGGACACACUGUAGCUGUGUACAUUAUAGGUUUAAGUUAGAUAUCAAUCCAUUCAUUUCCUCAAUGUGCGCUCAUUCUUUUACUCUGAGCUGCCAUUGAUGGGAACAACCCUGGGUGAUACCGGUGGUCAACGGGAGCAUUACCAAUUUAUGUUGGAUCUCUCAUGUACACACACAAAAAAAGGAAUUAUUCUUGUAUUUGGUCACCAGUUGCUCCUGAUUCGGGAGUGCUGUGAAGCCCUAACCAUUGUAUCUCUGUCAGUAUUUGAGUUGUAUGUUGCAUUAUUUGCAACGUAAACUGAGACUUUGUAUCCUAUCCUUGUUAUGAAUAACGAUACUAUUGUCCUCCA